AUGUACCUUGUGCUGGUGGAGAAGUCUGGUACAGAAGAUGGGCUUUCCUCGAUCGAGAUAAUGUUCUAUAACAGCUUCCUUUCCCUCCCAUUUUUGUCCUUCCUCAUCAUAGCUACUGGCGAGUUUCCAAAUUCUUGUUCUUACUUGCCGUUCUUGGUGAUUCUUGUUCUUUCGCUGGUUAUGGGGAUUGUCCUCAACUUCACAGUGUUUCUUUGCACCAUUGUGAACUCUGCUCUAACUACAACCAUCGUUGGUGUCCUCAAAGGCGUUGGUUCCACCACGCAAGGUUUUGUCCUCUUGGGUGGUGUUGAAGUACAUGCUUUGAACGUGUCUGGUUUAGUGGUCAACACAGCUGGUGGUGUGUGGUACUCUUACGCCAAGUACCGACAGAAAAAAAAGCUAAACCGGCUAAGCUACUGCCUGAUUUAG